GCCCCCGUCCUGACCACGCCCUUUUCCUACCGCCCUUGGGGGACAGGGGUGUGCGGCUGACUCGUCCCGCCCCCGCCUCUGAGUGACAGGACCGUGGACAGCAGCAUUCCCAGCCGGACACCAAGUUUGUCGGCCCUUGCCUUGGUUCACCUGAGUAGAAAAAACAACCAGGAAUCUUUUUGGCACCUGGAAAUGAGUCUGCCAGGAACACACGCACAGCUUCUUCGGUAAAGGCCUUGCUCGUGGGAACAUCUUCCCUUUGGCCGCUCCCCAGGGUUCCGACUUGGCAGCAUCAAGGGCACGACGCAAGCAGGCAUUUUGGAGAUCAAAAAUGGGUAGAAAAGAUGCAUCCACAACAAAACUUCCUGUUGAUCAGUACAGAAAGCAGAUUGGUAAACAAGAUUAUAAAAAAACCAAGCCUAUUUUACGGGCAACCAAAUUAAAAGCAGAAGCUAAGAAAACAGCAAUAGGCAUAAAGGAAGUUGGCCUUGUGCUUGCAGCUAUAUUGGCCCUCCUGCUGGCUUUCUAUGCUUUCUUUUACCUCAGGCUGUCCGUGGAUGUUGAUCCUGAUCUGGACCCACGUGAAGAUUAGCUGAGCAGCAGUCGUUGCAGGAAAGAACGAUAGUUUUUUAAAAGCACCUUUUGGUACCAGUGCUUUCUGAAGUACUGAAACUACAACAUGUUGAAUGUUUUAUUCUGUUUUAUUUCAGUUUCCAAAAAUGUCUUUUUAAAUAAUUGUAUAUCAAGAAAGGAACUUCACCUAGCAAUGUUGUGUAGUAUACGCUGCCAGAUGCUUUUAUAAAUCUUCCUGCUUUGACAGAUACCCUGUCUAUUUUGUAUUCAGAUAAGAUGAAUAACUGAUUCUAAAUUCUUCAGAUUUCUUACCACAUAUAUGGACAUAACUGAUACACAUACAGAUUACCAAAUCUAGUUUUGUUCUGUAAACCUUACAAGUAAAAGUACAGAGCUUAGAAACUCACAUGCAGAUUUAAGAAGGAACAAAAAUGUUUCAUUUCACAAAGAAGCUCCGCUUCUCUCCAGACAUAUUUUAUAUCAUUAGCGAGACUAUCUGCACAUACAUCUACGGUAAUCUUGUUCCUUCUUUGCCAACUGUUCAGUGCACAUGUGCUUCAUCAGAAAUGGCACCUGGAUGACAGAAGCUCAAAGAGUCACAUAUGUCUCUCAAAUAGAGUCCCUUUCCUCCGGGCUGUCUGAACUGGUGUAAAUAGAAAGUUCAGUUGAUCUUGAUUUUAAUUAACUUAUUACUCUAUUAAUAUAAACUUGGAAUUCUAUUUUAAUUAUGUUGUUCUGGCUACCUGCAGUAUCAGUUUACCCCUCUUGUUAGGGAGCUAUGUAACAAUCUGUCAUUUAAUAGUGCAGUCUUUUUCACACCACAGAAAGAGCAGAAGUCUUAGCUCACAAUCUUUUCCUUGAGUUGUGCCCUGAAUCUGAACAAUACAGAGUUGCUUUGCAAAAUUACAUUUUGUUUCUUGAGAGGUAAUCCAUUAGAACACUUUAAAAGCUAGAAAAAUAAAUAAUAGAAGAAAA